AAAAAAGGAUAAUAAACUUUGGACCAUCUAUUGGAUUGGAUCGAUCAGCUUUCUAUGUGAUAUCUAUAAAGUACAACCCCAAAGGCCCACUCAACUGAGCCCGUAUUCUAAAUUUGCUUUCUGGUAAAAAUUCCACCAAGUUGUUGUUAUUGUUCGGUGUGCGAGGCCCCCAUUCUCGAAGCUUUUCAACGCCAAGAGUGAUGAACACGAAGCUACAGAAAUGCCAGAUUCCUCUAAAUUUAGUUACCAGAAACGGCAUCGUAUUAGCGUUUGGCCGACGUCUCUUGCACAAUGGCCCUGACACCAUAGAGGAACUCCUGGAUCGGCAUAUAGUGAAGAAAGAGAAAUUCCUCGACGAAGAGGAGGAAGAGUUGCAAAACCGGCGGCGACUGACCAGCACUCGGCGAGAGGCACUGAGCCUCUAUCGAGAUAUACUGCGGGCCACCCGAGUCUUCAUGUGGCCCGAUUCGCGGGGCGUGCUGUGGCGAGACGUGCUCAGAGAGAACGCCCGGAAGGAGUUCGAGCAGGCACGGUUCGAGACGGAUCCUGAAAUUGUGACCCGAUUAAUCAUCGGUGGGCGUGAAGCCGUGAAAUCGACUAUUGAUAUGCUUGUUGAGAAGCAGCGGCAACAAAUAGAGAAAGAGAGAAGCGGUGGAGACCAACGAUGAGCGCUUGGGAUAUCUGAUUUCUAAUUGAAUAUGUCAGUAUGAGCUUCUUCUUUUUUUUAAUUUUGUUUUAAAUUUUUAUUUUGUGGUGUUUGUGUUUGAUAUCCUGUUAGAAUGACCGAAGGCCUGAAUUUGAUUGGUUUUUUAAAAUGGGAUAAAUUAGUUUCAAUCCUUUGUGUAAAGUAAAAAUCAAUUGGGAUUCUACCGAUAUUCGUUCUUGAAUUUUGAAUGUUGGGUAUUCGAUUGUAUUUGA